AUGGAAGCGCAGGGCUUUGAGCGAGCGCUGGCCGCGAUCCGACGACCGGCCAAGCCCUUUGCGACGGGGCGCGAGUCGCAUGCCCAUCCGCACCUGCAUGUCCAUGGCAUGGAUGCGCCGCUGCAAUUGCCGAUCGACGAAGCCCAAGCAGCGCGCCUGUCUCGCGGCUGUCCGCUCCUCCUCGUGCCAGCGCAGCGCCUGGAAAGCAUCGAUGCCAUGGCCUACAGCAUGCACUUGGCUCGCGAAAUCGAGGCCGAGCUGGCGCCGCGCGGGCCUUUCCAUGCGACCUUGUCACACCUCGUGAUGGACCGCGCGGGCGCGUCGGCCAGCAGCCUACGACCCCAGGUAGCACUGCCAGGAACGUUUGGGGUGCUCAUUGUGCUCUUGCCGUCGCAUUACGACGGCGGUCGCAUUCUCUUGUCGCACAACGGGCUGGAAGAGGCAUGCGAGUACCUCGAGGAGCCGACGCCGAUGGCCGACCUCGUGUACGCAGCCGCGUACCUCGACGCGACGAUCGUCUCCGAGCCCAUUCAUGCCGGGAUUCGCACUGCAUUGGUCUUUGCAUUGCGCUAUGCGAGUCCGGACAUCGACUGCAGCACCGCUCCCGACGACGCGAUCGCCGCCCUCGCGCAGCUCGCCGCGCAGCCGUGCGGCCGGGACGUCCUCUGGGGCGUUGACGUGGAGCACCCUUUGCUCGCACUCGACCGAGGUCAGCUCCGAGGAACGGACGCGGCUGUCGUCAACGCGCUCCUUGUCACGGGUCAGUACGACGUGGCGCUUGUGCAGUACGCCCGGGCGCCCAGCAUCGGCGCCUUUUUCAAUCUCGGCGAUGACGACGACGACGACGACGUCGGUUUCACGGGUGUCGUUGCGACUGCCGUCGUCGUCGAGGCAUCGUGCCCGUCGUUCGUUUCGACGGCACUCGUCGGCGCGACGGUGGGCACGAUGCUCGAGAGUGGCACUCGCCACUGGUCGUGGCCGUCCACGUCGGUGGUUUUUUGGGCCAAGAAGCAUCGCGUCCGACUUCUUGGGACCUCGGUGGCCCUUUCUACUCUCACGUCGGCGUCGCAGCGCACGGCACAUGCGCUCGGCUGCGCCAGCCCAAAUGCGCUUGCGGCAGAGAUUAUCACCUUCUUUGGCGCUUCCUCUUCUUCCGACGUCAUCGAUCACGGGCAGCAUCUUCCAAAGAAGCGCAAGCGUAAGUCGCCCGUGUUCGGAGACAUUGUCGGCCGUGUUCUCGACGACCUCAAGGACAUAACGCUCGUAGCGCUGUAUGUGGGAGAGCAUGCGUGGGUGAGCUCGCACGCAUCACUAACGCACGUCGCGUCGUGGACGCACCAUUUCCUCGUCAAGUACGGCUGGGAACAGCUCGGCGCCUCGACCUUGCUGCGCCUCGUACCUCGUUGGAGCACGUCGUCGUGGGCGCACGCAGCGUACGCCGCGCAGCUCUUGUGCAGUCUUGUUGGCGUCGCCACGAUGCCCGUGUGUCCCGUUCUGACGCAACCGUUCGUCGACGAGCUUGUGUUUGCAGGUUACACGCAGCUGCUCACCGCGGUCAGUGCGCUGCCCGACAUGGCGCCGUUGACUGCCGAUGCGACGGGUCACUUUGUACGCGAAGUCUUGGCUCUGGAAGCGUAUCUGCUUCAGGACGCAGGCUCCAAGCAUCAGAGCAAGUGGCUCAUGUCAUACCUCCCACGCAGUCUCCUCCUCGAAGUCGACGCGUUCCUUGGUCCAACGCACAGCAUGCUAGGUCUCGUGCAACGAAAGCCCAAGACACUAUGUCCCUUGUCUGCGCUGGCCCCGGCCGUCGCGUCGGCUGUGGUGUGGCCGACAGCGGCGGCAAUGCAUGUGCUAGCGACGCUCCCGACGGCGACACAAGCCAUGGGAACCUCAGUGGACGUCCUGUUCAGCGUGUUGCAUGUGGUCGUGGCAACGGCCCGCGGGGCCCACCUGGAGGCGCUUCUGAAUGGCAUGUGGCGAACGUGGAGCAUUCGGCUCGUACCGGCCAUCGCAGCACUACUGCGCCGACACGUGUCGGUGCCGACACUGGCAGCGAGCCACUUCGGAACGAUGCUGUUGCAGUCGGUGUCGCAGCUCCUUGGUAGCAACAAUAGUGCGUUUUUACAAGAGCACUAUGCACCGACGGCAACCGCGCUGGGUCUCGUCCGUGACGCCGCCGACGUGGUGCACCGAUGGACACCGAUGUCGGCGUUCUUUUGCUUUGCGUCGCAACUGACGUCGACGCUUUCCGCGACGCCCGAUCGCGGCCUCGAGAUCUAUCGCAGCGUUGUGUUUCGGCUCCUGGAUGUCUCGUUUGACGUGUGGCCGGCAUCCGUCGUGGAGCAUCUUGCGCGUGCGUGCGUCGCACGACUGGAAGCCGAGGCAGUGGUCGAGCUCCCGACUCUGGACGAUUUGACGAUACGCGGCCUCGUGCCCUCAUCGGCGCGUCACCAUUGCCACAGUUGCGCGACCUUUCUCCAGUUUCUCGAGAGCCCCACGGGCUUGGAGUGCGACUUUGACUCGGCCACGCGGCGUCUUUGUCCGAAUGUCUGGGAUGUUGUCGUCGCCAACGCCGACCGACUCGAGUGCGUGGAAUGGAUGAUGGAAGGUAGUACCGCCACCGGUGUCCCGAUCGUCCGGGUGCUCUCCGUACUCAAGACGCCGCAGGAGCAGCAUGCACCGACCAACGAGUGGAAGCGCCGACUGCAACUCCACCAAGAACGCAGCUUGGACCAAUGGCGAGUGGCGUGUCUGCACGAGGCCGUGCACCGCCUGACGCGCGCACUCUCGGUUGACACCGAAUCGGAAACGACGCGACGAUUUCGGUUGCCUCGGUCCCCGUACAUUGAGCGCCGUCUCUUCAACGAUGUGUUUUAA